AUGAACCAGCAGCCUCUGGAUCUCUGGUACUGCGAGGAGUGUCAGGACCACUUCCUGGACGAGUGUCCGUCUCACGGCCCCCCCCUGUUUGUCCCUGACACGCCUGCAGUCCCGGGGCUGGCCAGCAGGGCGGCGCUCACGGUCCCAGGAGGUCUGGAGCUCUUCUCAGAGGGGGGGCAGGUGGAUGUUCGCUGUGCGGACGCAACCAUCCCCAAGGGGGCGGUGUUCGGUCCGUAUGAGGGACAGCUGGUGUCGCAAGACAAAUCGUCCGGCCUCUUCUCCUGGAUCGUCGUUGAUGUGAACAACUCGUACCGGGCCAUCGAUGGCAGUGACGACACCACAGCAAACUGGAUGAGGUGAUGUUUCUCUCAGCAGCUGGAAGGAGCAGUACCUGCUUCUACCUGCAGGGGGUUCGUCCGGACCUCGUCUGAGGAGCGCCACAGGAACCUGACGGCGUUCCAGCACAGUGAGAGCAUCUACUUCAGGGCGAGUCGGAGGCUGGAGGCCGGAGACAAGCUGAGGGUCUGGUACAGCCAGGACUACGUCCAGCGUCUUCACUGCGUCUCUCAGGGCCUCAACUGCAACCUGGACUCAGAAACCAGGAAGCCAGAGGUCCUGCCCAAUGUGCAGAGGGACCGCCUGCAGUCAGCUGUGCAGGGCAGAGCCUGUCCCAGGCAACAACCCAGUGACGAGUCCGGCAGUCAGCCUCCUGCCAAGAGGAAGAAGAUAGACCUCAUCUUCAAAGAUGUCCUCGAAGCUUCUCUAGUGGACCGCAGCAGGUUCAGGUCCCAGUCGUCCCUCCACAGUGAGUGCAAGGUGCCGGCGCUGUGGUGGAGCUUGAACUCGACUCAGAGCGGCUCCAACGUCCUGAACCUGAAGGCAGAGGAGAAGGAAGAGCAGAACCAGGAGGCCUCCACCUCCUUCUGCCCCAACUGUGUCAAGCUGAAGAGGAGGAUCCUGGAGCUGGAGGAGGAGCUGUCCCGUGUCAGAGGAGAACAGGUGGGCGUGUCCGGGCAGACCCAUCGCGAUCAGGCCCCCCCCCACCCUGAGCAGGGACCCAUCGAAGACUUUCAAGGGAUGGACCCCUUGACCCCCACCCGGGCGGUUCUGGACGAAGACGAGCAGGACGUGGACUCGGCCGACGAGUCGAUUGCUGCCGAUCUUGUGAUUGUUACCGAGGACUCGUCCAAGCUCUCGUCUGCAGGAGGCCGACGGAUUCGUCGUUUCAAGCAAGAGUGGCUAAAAAAGUUCUGGUUCCUUCGCUACUCCCCGACCCUGAAUGAGAUGUGGUGCCACGUCUGCCGCCAGUACACCGUCCAGUCAUCACGAACAUCCGCCUUCAUCAUCGGCUCGAAGCAGUUCAAAAUCCACACAAUCAAGCUCCACAGCCAGAGCAACCUUCACAAGAAGUGUCUGCAGCUGUACAAGCUGCGCAUGCACCCGGAGAAGACGGAGGAGAUGUGCAGGAACAUGCUGCUGCUCUUCAACGCAGCCUACCACCUGGCCCUGGAGGGACGGCCCUUCUCAGACCUCCGUCCACUGGCAGAGCUGCUGAGGAAAUGUGAGCUCAAAGUGGUGGACCAGUACAUGAAUGAAGGAGACUGUCAGAUCCUGAUCCACCACAUCUCCCGGGCUUUAAAAGAAGACCUGGCUGAGAAGAUGCGCCUGUCUCCCUUUCUGAGCAUCAUCAUGGAUGCUCAGAAUGACGACCUUUUCUCAGACAUGGUGGCAGUCUAUGUGCAGUUCAUAACCAAUGAGGGCUCACCCACUACUGAGUUCCUGUCCUUGCAGAGACUGAGCGUGGCCAGUGUGGACGGAUAUCUCCAGGCCAUAGAACGAGCCUUUGGCGUUCUGGGACUCAGGUUUCAGGACUCGAUGGUUGUGGGUCUGGGGGUGGACGGUACUAACAUCUCUUCAGGAAUGAGAGCCAAUCUGUACAUAGCUGUGCAAAAGUCUUUUCCCUGGAUCCUCUGUCUUCCCAUCAUGAUCCAUCGGCCUCACCUCGAGGUGCUGGAUGCUAUCAGUGGGAAGGAGCUCUCCUGUCUCGAGGACCUGGAAAACAACCUCAAGCAACUCCUCAGUUUCUACCGCUACUCCCCUCGUAUGAUGGCCGAGCUUCGGUCAACUGCUCCGACGCUGUCAGAGGAGACGGAGUUCCUUGGAGACAUCAGAGCCAUUCGAUGGAUCAUUGGAGAACCAAAUGUCCUUAAUGCACUCAUCAAAGAUUACUUGGAGGUAGUUGCCCAUCUGAAGGAGAUCAUCAGCCAGACCCAGAGAGCUGAUGCUGCCGCCAUCGCUCUCACUCUCCUCCAGUUCCUCAUGGACUAUCAAUCAGUAAAGCUCAUCUACUUCCUCCUGGACAUCAUAGCGGUUCUUACACGGUUAGCCUUCACCUUCCAGGGAGAGUACCUGCUGGUGUCACAGGUGGAAGCCAAAGUCGAGGAGGCCAUUCAGGAGAUAGGCCAGUUGGUGGACUGCCCUGGAGAGUAUCUACAGGAGUUCGAGGAAAACUUCCGUGAAAGUUUCAACGGCGUUGCUCUGAAGAAUCUGCGUGUUGCUGAGUCCAAGUUCCAGUCGAUCCGAGAAAAGAUUUGCAACAAGAGCCAAGGCAUCCUCUCCCAGAGGCUGGAUCUGCAAAGCCGCUCAGUGGCCAAAGCCUGCAAGGUCCUGGACCUGUCCACCUGGCCUCACAGCCAGGAGGACCUUCAAGCCUAUGGGCAGGAGGAAAUCCAGCUGAUAUUCAAACAUCUGGAGUCCAUUCCUUCUGUAGGUCAAGAGAGCUCCCAGGCCAGGACAGAGUUCAGAGGCUGCCUGGUGGUGGAAUGGAAGGAUCUGAAAGCAGACUACUGCGGCAUGAACGGCUUCAAAGACGUCAUCAGUCACGUCUGCAGGUACAAGCAGCGUUUUCCUCUGCUGAGCCGGAUUGUGCAGCUGGUCAGGGUGCUGCCGAGUUCCACGGCCUGCUGCGAUAAAGGACGAGGUUCUCUACAGAAGAUGUGCAAGAACAACCGUUCCCGGCUGACCUUGGAGCAGAUGAACGACCUUCUGACCGUGGCCGUUAACGGAGCGUCCAUCCACAGCUUCGACGGGAAGCGAGCGUUGGACAGCUGGUUCGAGGAGAAGUCUGGGAACAGUUACUCUCGGUCAACGGAGGUGAAGAACAGGAAGUCACCUGCUGAGCAGAAGUCUGUUUUGUAUAGUGUUGACGUCAACACAGAGUUUGACCCAGACACCUGA